AAUUUAUUUCUUUAUUCAUUACCCUCUGAUUGUAAAUUAUUCCAAAUAUUUGUGUGGCUAUCAUUAUUUAAAGGAUGGAUUCAAAUUUCUUUGGACCUCCUCCAAAGUCUCCAUUUUAUCAAGGAAUAUGUAGGCCUACUGAGACUCCAUAUCCCAACCCUUUUUUUUCAGUCCCAGCAGUCAAUUGGAAUCCACAGCCCCCCUUUUGGUUCUCAGGGGACCCUCACAGUCCCCUGUUUGGCUAUCCAGUAGGGGACCCAGAUGACUAUAGGUUUGGAACUCUCUCUCAACCAUUGUCUGAAAAGACGUUGCUGGAGGAAAUGGAAAUUGAAAGACCAGAACGAUACCUGCCUGGUGAAAUAUACAGGAAUGAAACACCUAAAAGACCAGUUGAAGACUUAUCCAAGACAGCUAACUGCCCCAAAAUUUGGACCCCUAAAGAUCCCCUCUUUCACACAGAGUUCAAACCCAGUAGAGAAAUGAUGAAUCCUCCUCUGCUGCUAGACGGAGUGCUACGGAGGAAAGCAGAAACACUCGAAUCUUUUAGGAUCCCUGAAAAACCUGUAAUUGAACAGUCUUGUGAAGGGGUGGAAGACGCUGAGACUAAAGCGAUAAAAAAACCAAACUAUUCUGACAUCCUACGACAUGCAGACACAAGAACAGCUGAUUUCAAAUGUGAGCCUGAAGAUAAAGUUGAGUUUUACGAUGCUUGUAAAAUACCAAACACUCAAUGUAAAGCGCCUCCUUCAGUGAUACAGAAUGAGUGAGCUACCCAUGAGAUACAAUUGAACUAAGAAAAUCUCCAAAAAUCAAUAUUUAAA